UUUAGGGUCCCUAGGCUUCCUAGAGAAUUGAGGAGAGGAACCCCAGGGAUUCCCCAAGCCAGCCCUCCAGCCUGUUAGGAUCUUGAUGUCCAAAAGAAGACAGCUGAAGGAAUGUGCCUGCAUCCGCCCUACCCGACUCCCGCAGUGCCCCCAGUGCCAGCCCCUCCUUGGUGUUCUCCUCUCAGGAACUGAAUUCAAAUCCCACUGGCAUCCCUGACACCUCUAGGGAAAGGGAGGGGUAGGAAGUCCCAGCGUCCUGAGGGGAGGAGCAGGAGGCUACCAGGAUGUGAGAUAUCUGUGGGCAAGGUGCCUGCUUAUUACAUGGAGGGGGGGCGGGGGGUUGGACUGUGGCUGGAUGCCCCUUCCCCCAACAACUCCAUCUCCCUGUGAAGCAGAGGCUUCAAACCCCUGACAAAUGUGGAUGACUAUCUCUACUUGAUUCCUUGUCUCGAACUCUUUUGGUGCCUGUUUUCCCCCGCCCCUCUUCCCUGGGGUUGGAGCAGCUGUCUGGAGACCCCACCAUGACUCAUUCUCUCCUCUUUCUCCUCCUUCUCCCCCCUUAUUAACCCCACCCUUCCUAGUCCAGUGUGGUAAUAUUGAGUCCCAGCUGCAGAUGGGGCAAGCUUUCUUUUCAGCUGGAAUAGGCUGCUGGGUCUUUAGCCUCCAGUCCUAUUAGAGCCCCUGGACCCUACCCUCCACAGAUCUUAGGACUUCCUACUCCUCCUACCCCACCCUGGAAAGUCAGGGGGCAGAAAAAGGUUUAUUACCUUCUAAGAUUUUCAUUUUAGUUAGUAUCCUUGUUGCAGAGGGUAGUAAAGAGAUAGCUGGCUCCCCUCAACCCAAUCCUGUAGAUUUCUUUAGUUACUCCAGCAGGGCCAUGCUCCCUCCUGAAAUUGGCCUUUCUUCAAAUGAAAUAGAGGUACAAAAUCCUCAAGAUUCAUGGGCACCUGAGUUCCUGCCCCAUACCCCCUUGCAGGUUUCCCAAACCCCUCAAGACAUUCAUGGAUGGAUGAGAGGAGCUGACACUGACCUCCCCCUCUGUGACCACCUUUUCUUCCUGCCAUGGAGGAAGCUUUGCUGCCCCUGGCCAUGACCUCUGACCCCAGGCCCUUUAAUCAGCAACUCCCAGAGCCUCCAGACCCAAGAUGUGUCUUGGAACCCCAGGAUAAUCCUGAACUGGCACCCGCCCUGGUGUGUGCUCUUUGCUGCUGCUUUGGAAUCAUCUACUGCUGCUUCGGUGAGGGCUACCGCUGCUUCAAGGCAGUGAUGUUUCUCUCCGGCCUGCUAUCAGGAUCUCUGGUGAUCUUUCUGCUGUGCCACAAGGAGCGAGUUCUAGAGACACAGCUGAGCCUGGAGGUGAGCGCGGGCAUUGCGCUGGGCAUCGGACUCCUCUGCGGCCUGGUCACCAUGCUGGUUCGGAGUGUUGGGCUCUUCCUGACUGGUCUCCUGCUAGGCCUAACCCUGGGUGCCGGGGCCCUGCUGGGCACCGAACCCAUCUACCAACCACCUUCAGCCUGGGUGCCGGCCGGGGGGCUAGUGGGGCUGGCACUGCUGGGAGCCCUGCUCACGCUUCGGUGGCCACGUCCAUUCACCAUUCUGGGCACAGCCCUGCUGGGUGCUGCGGUGCUGGUGGCCUGUGCUGACUAUUUCCUGGAAGGGCUGGCACUGGGCAGUCGGCUGGGCCAACGCUUGCAGGCACUUCCAGCCUUGCCUCCUCUCUGCUGGUAUAGCUGGGUCUUGCUGGGGACCUGGCCAGCCCUGGGGGCCCUUGGGGCCCUGGCUCAGUGGAAGCUCAUGGAUGAGGAACAUGGAGGCCACGCCAAUGCAGUGGUCUUGAGCCACCAGCGAAGGCAUCUCCAACUCCUUCGGAUCCAUCAGCAAGAGGCCAAGUGGCACCGGACCUCCCCUGGGGUGGGGCUCUGUGAGGGCAGCUACCGGCGCCAGCUCCCCCACAAUGCCCGGAGCCCUGCUGACAGUCUGGCUCCAAGUUAUCUCCAGAGCCUUCGAGAGCGCCAACUGGGACCGGGCAGCCAGGCCACAGCCCCCCACACCAUCCUGGACCUGGAUUCUGACUGUGGUUCCACUGUACCCCUUACCACACCUUCUGGUUCCACCCAGACCUGAGCCUAAACCUCCACUGAUACCCCCAUACCCCUAGCAAGGGCUUGGGAACACUAUGUGGGCAGGGCCUGAGCCGUCAGGACUCACACACAAACUUCCUCACCUCUUAGACUUGGGGAUGGAAUCUGUCCUCCAACCUAGACCAGCCCUGUAGGGAUAGGUUUCAGAGACAGAGAGGAAUCUUGGGGAGGAGAGCGGAAUGGAAAUAUGAGUAGCUACCUCUGUCCAAUAAUAGAGGUGCCUUGCUCCCUAAAGUAACUCCCUAAUUCCCUCCAAAUCAAGGGGGGGCCCCUUACCCAGGUAGCCUUUUAUAUACCCGCCUCAGUGUGCCACACAAUGGUAAAUUAAGGGGUUUUGUUUUUGUAGGAACUGUAGAAAAUCAGGAAGCCUCCUAAAGCACUUGACAGCUUUUUGAUGGGGAGAAGGGCACAGAGGAGCUCCAGUAUCCCCCAAGCCCCUCAUUAGAGGACAGUUGGGUUUCUGAUUAGCCUUUCCCCCUGGGUCCCAUAGGCCCAAGCCCCCUUCUCCUACCUCAGUUGGGGUUAUUGUCCUCCAUGGUGCUUCCCUUUCUCUCCUUCUCGAUGUAGGGAAGACCAAGGGUCAGUGCCUGGCUCAGCCCCUGCCUCCCCCAAAAGCUGGCUUCUUGCUCCAAGGAGGGAGCAUUGCCCACAUGCCAGAGUGUUGCCCUUUUGCCCAAAGGAGCCUUGUAUUCUGGGCUAUAUGGGAGACAAGUGCCUUCUCUGCCUCUCAUUGUAGGUGAUGCUAAUCUCUUAAUCAGAACUUUGUCCCAGCCACUAACCCUUUCUAACUCUCCCCACUAUGACUCUUUUGCCUGAUUCCCCAGAUAGCAUAAAGGAAGACAUAUCCCUCCUCUGGGAGCAAGGCUAUGAUGGGAGGGAGGAAGGACCUGGGAACAGGUAAAUAAAGUGGCAUUAAACACUGAA